GUUUCCUCAAUGGAAACUCCGUACCUGUGCCCUGUUCCACCUGGACAGGUGAGGCUUAGAGGGGCGGGCCUCUGGGAGUCCAGAGCGAUCCGGACUCAGCUGUUCUACCUGUUAAUUGAAAACACAAACGCUCCCUGUGGAGCAGCAGAACCUGAGUGAUUUCAGAAACCUGCGUCCACCGCAGAGGAAGGACGGAGCAGCAGCAGGUGAGACGCUUCAGGCUGACACUGAGCUCCGAUUGACUGCGUCCCAUCAUGAGUCGGUGGCGUCGUUCGGUGGACGAGCUGACAGCGGGACGGCGGCGGCAGCAGGCAGAGUGUGAGCGCGCUCAGAACGCUCUGAGUCGGGUCACUUCCUGCUUCCAACAACUGGCGGCGUCGCUGGGAAGUUCAGCCGACAGCAGCUUCCUGCGGGAAGAGAUGGACGAGACGAGAGUGCUGGCUCACCGGAUCUGCUCAGGUCUGUCUCGCCGCCUGCUGCGCCUGCUGUCAGCCUGUGACUCCGCCCCUGUUGCCGUGGACGACAGACAUGCUUCAGAGCGACUCUGGGUUCUCUUCCUGUCUGCAGUGGAGUAUUUCCUGUCUGACCUCCGGAGGGCCAAAGAGCUGAUUGGUCAGUUCCCCCUGACCCAGCGCUCCAGCAGACGCUCACUGGUGAACACAGGAUGUACCGACGGCCCGGUGGGUCUGGCGGCCCGGGUGGCACUGGUCCAAAUCCCCUGGCUGGUUCUGGAGGAAGAGCCCAGUCCAGAUCUGACCAAUCACAUCGCAGGCCUGGAGGCCCAGCUGGGUGAGCUGCAGCAGAGGGUCCCGGUGGCGUUCUGGUCGGUGGAGUCGACACAGCCGGCGUGGGCCGAGGUUCUGAACGACGCCGAGGAUCCGGAGGAAAGCCUGGAGGACUUGAUGGAGGUGGAGGUGGCGUCCGGCGGCGGUGGCAGCACAAAGCUGCCCGCCUGCUGCCGGGGAACCUGCUGCUGGGUCGGAUAGGCCCGGAUCGGUUCUGCAGGUUCCGAGAGCUCAAACAGAAAUCUUCUAUAGAAAUAUUGACCCAGAACGUAGCAGAGGAUUAGUAUAAUGUGAAAAUUAUAGCACAGAAAGUUGAGUGGAAGGAAGACGUGCCCAUCCAUUCAAUCUGAAGGAGCAGACAACCAUAAUCUGUUCAACAGGUGAGCUGCUGGUUCUGUUGGGUCCCGAGUUAACGCGUCUAGAGUCUUCAUGAAGGUUCUGCAGCAGAAAAUCUAUUUUAUUGAUCUGAACAUUUCAGUUUGAGACGCUGCAUGUUGGGUUUCCAUCCACAAUCAGAAAAAUCUGAAAUAUUUCACUUUGUUUUGAUUUAUGAUGAGAUUAAUUUUUUAGAACAAGGAACAAAUAAAUCCCCAGGAGGGAGAAAACAGCUCAGUGUGACUCAGGAUUCUGGUUCUGCAGCGGGAGGCUCACACGGUUCUGGUUCCCAUAGAGACACAGAGUCUGGUUGGAUUAAGAACCUUAUUCUUUAUUAACACAAAGAGGCAAACAAACAUAAAAAUAUGAUACAAUCAGACACAGAGAAGCUGCUUCACUGCUGGAACGUGGUGUGGAGGUGAGACCGGAAGGCUGCAAGAGAAACAACAACUCCCAUCAUGCACUGCAUCAAGACUGACAGCUCCCAUCAUGCACUGCAGAAAGGCCCUGCUCCCUCUGUGACUCAAAGUCACAUCAGGGUUCAGGGUUGGGACAGAACGGCCAAAAUGGAGGACUGGUCUCCGUUCAGCAACAAAACGGAUUUUAAAUCUACAGUAAAAAUAUUUCUGCUGGAAAUAUUUGUUGGAGAAAUCCGUUUUGUUAAAUACAGAAAACUCAAUAUAA